CUUCCACAUCUGCAUUAUGUUUGUGUGGACGGAAACGUGUAAGCCCGCCCGCGACGAGUCCAGCCAGCCAGACGAUCUUAUCGUCGUCCACGAGCGGCUCCUGCCUCUCUCACAAGCCGCGCCUGCCCGCCCCGCCGGAGCAACGGCAUGAUCGCCAUGGCCGCGCGCUGCUUCUUCCACUUCUCCCCUAAACCCUGCCUCUCCUUCACCCCACGGUGCUCCUCCUCCUCCCCGCCAGCGCCAGGGGGGAAGGGAAAGGGGAAGGCGCUGAGGGAGGACUGGCGAGAGAGAUCCAAGCCCAUCCCUCCCGGAGGCGUCUACCCGGCCAAGGACAAGUGCAGCCGCUGCGGCCUCUGCGACACCUACUACAUCGCCCACGUCAACAACGCCUGCGCCUUCCUCGGGGACGGCAUGUCCCGUGUCGAGGAUCUGGAACCAGUGGUCCAUGGGAGGGGCAGGAAGGACACCAUGGAUGAAAUGUACUACGGGGUGCACGAGCAGCUCCUCUAUGCCAGGAAAAUGGAACCUGUUCAAGGAGCCCAGUGGACAGGAAUAGUCACAACAAUCGCAGUUGAGAUGCUGAAAUCAAAUAUGGUUGAUGCCGUGGUUUGUGUACAAAGUGACCCAGACGAUAGGUUUGCCCCAAGGCCUGUUUUAGCCAGGACACCAGAAGAAGUGAUUGCAGCCAGAGGUGUCAAGCCAACAUUAUCACCUAAUCUCGAUACACUAGCCUUAGUAGAGGCAGCUGGUGUAAAGCGUCUUCUCUUUUGUGGUGUCGGUUGUCAAGUGCAAGCUUUGAGAUCUGUAGAGAAGUACCUUGGCUUGGAAAAGCUUUAUGUGCUCGGCACAAACUGUGUGGACAACGGCACUCGUGAAGGACUUGAUAAAUUUUUGAAUGCUGCAAGCAGUGAACCAGAAACUGUUCUGCAUUACGAAUUUAUGCAAGACUACAAGGUUCACUUAAAGCAUUUGGAUGGGCAUAUAGAAGAGGUAAGUCACCACCUGUCUGUAGUAUUAUACAGAACUGAGUCCGCCAAAACUGUCUCUUCAUUGCCUACUUUAAAGCAGGUCCCGUAUUUUUCCCUGCCAGCCAAUGAUUUGGUGGAUGUCAUUGCACCGUCAUGCUACAGCUGCUUUGACUACACAAAUGGCUUGGCGGAUUUAGUGGUGGGCUAUAUGGGAGUACCGAAAUAUUCUGGUGUUUCUAUGACUCAGCACCCUCAGUAUAUUACAGUCAGGAACGAGCGAGGGAGGGAGAUGCUCAGCCUGAUAGAGGGCCUUUUGGAGAGCACGCCAACAGUUAGCAGUGGUGCUAGACAACCAUUUGUGAUGGAGACAGUGAAAGCCGACGAUGCAGCGAAAAUGGGAAAAGGCCCUGCUAAUCCAGCUCCCAUAUUUGUGGGCAACAUCAUCGCCUUCCUGCUAAAUCUGAUUGGGCCCAAGGGCCUGGAGUUUGGUCGCUACUCUCUGGAUUACCACACGAUAAGGAACUACCUGUAUGUGAACCGGGCAUGGGGAAGGGCAAGAGCGGAGCAGCAUAUGCCAUCGUAUGCCAAGAAAAUCGUGGAGGCGUACAACAAGGACGGACGCAUCGACGCAAUGCUUGAGCAGAAUAAACCGUGAAGUGUACUGUAUCAUAGACACACGACCAUGCGAUCCGUGUAGAUAGUAUUAGCAAGCAAAACAAAUAAUGAGUGCACAGCAGAAAUGUUUAGUUCAGACAGCGAGUGGCACUCGUCAGGCUCAGGUUACUGAUUUAGAUCUCCCCCGACAGGCUCAGGGAUCAACUCUUCAAUGACGCGAUAGAAGUGUGUACCGUUAGUUUCUCCACUUGGUUGUUUGCCCGAUAGUUUGAAGGAACGGAAGUACUCUGCAUACGGUAGAUGAUAUCUGAUUUAUAUACGACAGAGAUUUUGAGUGGCA